AUGGCUGCAGGUGCACAGCCCAAGGUCAUCCUCUUCGACAUUGGCGGAGUAGUUGUCGUCUCCCCGUUCCAGGCCAUCCUUGAUUACGAGCUGAGCUUGGGCAUCCCACCAGGAUGGGUCAACUACUCCAUAUCCAAAACAUCGCCCAACGGUUUCUGGCACAAGUUGGAAAGGGGCGACAUUCCCAUGGACGAUGCUUAUUUUGAGGGCUUCACUAGAGACCUACACGACCCUGUGAGAUGGGAGGCAUUCUACAAGAUUCAACAAAGCAAGAAUCCACAACUGCCCAAGGAGGUCCCGCCUCUACCCACGCUCGACGGCCGAUGGCUGUUCAACGACAUGAUGACGGCUUCAAAGGCACCAGACCCGUGGAUGUAUCCUGCUUUGAAGAGCCUGAAGGAGAGCGGCAAGUAUAUCCUCGCGGCCGUCAGCAAUACCGUAAUAUUCCCUCCCGGGCAUCCCUUGUACGAGGAGGAUUAUUUCAGCGGUCCUGUGCGAGGCCUAUUCGACGUGUUCGUCUCGUCUGCGCACGUGGGCUUGAGGAAGCCGGACCCGAAGAUGUACGAGUUCACCUUGAAGGAGGUGGACAAAUAUGCCAAGACGCGAGCGACCGAGGCAAAGGGAACCUCGACGGACUGGCAAAGCGGCAUUGCGCCCGCGGAUGUCCUGUUCCUGGACGACAUCGGCGAAAAUCUCAAGGCCGCCAAGAAGCUGGGGCUGCGCACCAUCAAGGUCAACCUGGGCAGGGCCUUCGAGGCUGUCGAUGAAUUGGAAAAGGCUACGGGUCUUAAACUGGCGGGUAACCACCCUAGAAUACCCAUCAAGCCCAGAUACGGCGGCGCAAAGGCGAAGAUAUAG